UCAUCAAGCUACAGAAUUCUCGCCAGCCACGAUCAGGACCCAUAGACAGUCGCCAUGUCAACCACCGACUCAUCGGAGGCGCAGAAGCAAAUGAUUGGUGAGCGUUUGUACCCUCUCGUCUCCCAAAUGCAACCGGAACUUGCUUUUGCUACAAAGAUUACUGGAAUGUUGCUAGAACUUGACAACACAGAGUUAUUGCAUUUGUUGGAAUCUCGAGAAUCAUUGGAGGCGAAAGUAGAAGAAGCGGUUGCUGUGUUGCAAGCUCGUUGGACUAUGCACUCGGAACAUGUUGUCACGGAUCAAAGCAAAGACCCAUUAACAGCCGCCAUGUUGGCCUCUGUUCCACCAGAUAAACAGAAGCAGAUCAUUGGCGAACGCUUGUUUCCUCUUAUCUCUAAGAUAUGUCUGGAAUAUGCUGGUAAAAUCACAGGGAUGAUGUUAGAAAUUGACAACUUAGAGCUGCUGCAUUUAUUGGAAUCCCGAGAGUUUUUGGAGGCAAAGGUCAAAGAAGCAAUUGCUGUGCUGGAAACUCACAAGCAUUGAUUAGUUUUAAAUUCAGUUCAAAUUAUUCAUAUUAAAGUUUUUUUUCAAUCUUAAAAACCAUGUGCCUAAAAAUCUGUUACUUUAAUGAAACCAACCUCAGAUAAUGUAGAUUUAUAUUUGUCAAAAUCAUGAUCUUUGGAGGUAAGGUGGGGCCACAUUAGGGGGUCAAAUUUUACCUAGGAAAGUUUUUAAAAUCAUUUUCAUAAACUCAAAUGUUAUAACAUUUGGUAUUAUAUGCAGUCAUCUUGACAUUUUGUUGAUUCUUAUUUGUUUAGACUGUAGCCCCUGUACAAUUUUUGGGCCCUACAAGGGGUUCAAAGUUUGAUGUAGUUUUAUGUUUAAAAUCUUCUCGAGAACUUUAAUAUGUGAUAUGACUUAGCUGCAGAUCUGUGGCCCCCGGUCUGAAAAAAAUUCGGAUGGACAACGUCUCAUUAAUUGCCAAUGGUAUUCUUUUAAACACCAUCACCAACUACGUAAAGAAGAGGUGGUGCAUUUUGUUUACACGAAAAAAUGGCGACUCCCGAUGUGAAUUGAACAUACUUCAUUUUCCAAGUUCCGUUGGCGUGUUUCGGAGAAAGUCUGAGGCAAAUAAAGAUACAAUAUCAGUAGUAAAUUGAAUAAAGAAUUAAAUGGUCCCAAUUUUCCCCCUAAAGAAUUUGUGUGUAAAUAAGGUUAUUCAAUCGAAAACUAGCGCCAUUUUUGUGCGCUGUAAAUUGCAGUUGUUUAUUUUGGGAUGCACUGUAGCUCCCAGGUCGUCCACCCGAAUUUUUUCAUACCGGGAGCUACAGGUCAUCCAAAAGGGGCUUAAUAUUUAACAUGAGAAUAUCCGAAUAAAAAGUCAUUUUAUACAAGAUCUAUACUACUACAUUGUCCAAAAAAUUUGUAUAUGACCCUAUAGAGCUAGUUUUAUUAUGAUUACGGUUGCACAGGUAAGUGAUGUGGCCCAUGGGCCUCUUAUUCCCAUUUUAUUCACGGCGUUGCAUUCCUUCUAGAUUAUAACUGAAUGACAAUAAACACAGUUUGUAAAUCAAAGUAAAACACAUAUUCAUAAGUAUUUUAUUAUUUUAUUUAUCUAUAUUCUAAUCUAUUGAGUACACAAGACAAAAGAAGAUAACAUUGUUUUUGAAAAAUUCUAAAAGCAAAUAAAAAAUAUUUAAUGCCAUGCACUAUCAAAGCAGAAAAAUAUAUUGCUAUAUAUUGCUAUGUACCUGUAGUGAAAUACAUGUACAACAAUUACAAUUUAUUUUUAAAAAUAAUUUGCAUGUCAUAUUUAUGAUGUGAAUGCAACUUUUAUGGCCCUGUCUAAAUAGGGGGCAGAAUGUUUUGCGCCAAUCGGUUGCUAGGUUUGUUGUCCGAUCAACAAUAAGUUCAAAAUUAGUAUACAAAAACUCAAUAAGAAGUGUAUGACCCUUCUUAAUUUUGAGGUCACAAAGGCAAGGUCGAACUUAUAUUGAAACGAAUAAUUAUGGUGCAAUACAAUUAUUAGACUGUGAGGACCGUUUGCUUGUUUUCUUCUUAUACCUUGUGAAAAAUUUACUCAUUGCAGUUUGCCACGUGGGUAAAUAAUUUGGAUACAUCAAAGAAAAUGUUAAAAAAAAAAAACCCACCUGCACGCAUUAUCUACCUAUACUUUUACAUGUAGACAUUGAUAAGUUUUGACAAUAUAAGAUUGAAUUUUUUAAAAUAAUAAACUGUUGAUAGGAGGCUAGUUGUACAAAUAACUACAGUAUAAUCAUUUAAAUUCGUGGGGGCCAAUUUUCGUGGAUUGUGAGUUUUUUUAUUCAUUCGCGGGGAUGUUAUUUCGUGGAUGCGUCAAACUGUUUCAGUAACAAAGAUAACUCUUUCUAAAAUUAUUUUCAUUGGGGAUUUAGAUUCGUGGGGGGGGGGGG